AGGUUGAUCGCUGGGACGAGCCAGGAAGGAGCCAAGGAGAAGCGAAAUGAAAAAGAGAAAGCAAUAAAAGAGAAAAGGAAAAAAAAUUAAGGGAAAACUACGGAACAUAAGCGACAGACGGGGAUUAUCCACGGUGGAAUAAAAGAGCGAAAGGGUCUUGGAGUAGUAGGGUCUUGGAAUCGCAAAUUGCAUCCCUCGACCGUUGAAUUCGUUUCCCAUCAAAGCGAAACCGCGACUCGACCACCGGAAAGAGAUAAAUUGCCAAGGCAAAGUAAAUAUAUAGAGGUUGAAAUUCCGCGAACGUUUUGCCAAAUUUUCAUUCUUUCCUUUUUUUCUCUUUAAAUUCUGCCGCGUGUCCUGACGAGAUGACCAACGAUAAGCUCGAUAAAACGGCAAAAUUUCGAUGUUGCUUCGAUUCCAUCCCCGUUAAGUUUCUCAAUAGUCGGUUGGUUUGCGGCGGAAGGAUUUCCUUUGCAACGACGAGUCUUUGGAUAAGCCGAUUCGUAUUUAGAAUACCGGCAUCGUUACGAUCAGCUAUAAUUAAAGUUGAACGGUAUAAGAACGGUAACUUGGUCUAAAUAAUUUUGGUCAGGAAUAAUUAUUAGUUUUGUCUUUUUAUCGCUUUGUAUAUUUUCGUAUAUUACACGCGUUCUAUCUAUCGAAACUUCUCGUAAAUGCAUAAACGUAAUAAUACAUAAGCACAAACAAAUCGUAUUUAAUCGUAAAGUUCGUUUAAACCAAAGGAGGAAAAGCUAAAUAUUUGAAAUUUAAACAUCUUUUGUUCUUCACCGAAUAUCGUUUUCUCGCGCAGCGAUUAUUCGAAGGUUUUGCUGCUCGUUUCGAUGUAUCGUUGUCCAACGAUUAUUCAUUUUCCAGUAACCGUUGUUUAUUCGUUAUAUUAAUUCCUCUACCUAUUAUAUAAACUGAUACUGUCCUUUUUGCCCUUUCAACGAUUGUUUAAAUAAAUCGAUUGGCACGUGCUAAAAGCAAAUGGUUUAUCCGUAAACCCAUUCGUGUUAUAUAUUUUUCGUUUAUUUUAAUAUUUUCGUGCGUUACGUAUCUUUCGUGUUUCGCAUAUCUCCUCCAUACCGCGUCUAAAGUAGUCUUUUUUUUCUCGUUGGUUAAAAUUUACAGCCAGGUAUCGUACUGCUAAUUCCACACCGCGCGUGUAUUCACUUUGUUAAUGCUAAACAGGUACAAAGCUGAGAGCUAAGCUUAUUGAAAUAAGUCGGUGCACUUUGGCUGUAACUUUCUCAGAACCGCGUCUUAGAUCAUCCAUUAAUAAGCUUUACUGGAUUACGCGUUAGCCACGCGUAUCUUUCAGCAAUAAUUUUGAAGCUUGUACGCGCGCAAGUAGUUGCAUAAGGAAAACAUCAGCCGAAACUGUAGACCAACGAUCCUUCAAACAUCCUUAUCUUCGUUCUCUGAACGUUUAGAAACUCGCGAACUCGCAUAUCAAUAGAAAUAUCUGAAAUUUGUCUUAUAUCGAAAGACGGUUUCUUGUAUUUUCAAACCAGUUAAAGUUUCUCGUUUACGUACCUUCGAUAUGAUACUUUUAUCGAGUACAGAUUCGUGGUGAAACGAGUUUUUCUUCCUAGUUUUCUAUUUUAUUGCUAAUCCGUUGUUAUUUAUAUUCGCAUCGUGGCUUACGACGUAAGAUACGAAACGAAAGGAAAUUCGUUAGAAUCCCUCGACGAAUGUAAAAGUGUUGUAACGCUUAUCGGCUACGUAUAUCCUUCCGUUACAACCUAACGUUCAAACGAUAUAAUUUCUCGCGUGCCAUUAAAUUCUCGCUCUUCGCCCGAAAAUGCUGUGAAACUAAAACAACGUUAGGUUGAAAAUAGACGGUCGACCAUCGAAGCUCCGGCCACUGACAUCAUCUCGCAACAAGACCCGAGCUUAAAUCCGUUAACGCGUUUGGUAUUGAACAAAUUCUUGAUUAUAAGCGAGUCGGUGGAAGUGAGUGAAACAAGACGAAUAAUAAGAACGAAGCGUAGAAACUGUAAAGAAUAAUUCAACGACAAAUUUCCACCGGUAUAAUGGUGUUUCAACGUGGUUAAUUAAAUUAAGACCGGUUUAAAUUGAGAAACUUUGCGCAAUAUGAAAGGAUAGAAGAAACGAAAGUAAAUAAAAAAGGAAAGAAAUUUCUCGCAGACGACGUUCCUUAAACGUUGAACAAAACGACGGUGAGUAAAUUUUUCGCGAAAUGCAGUUGACCCUGGGGAUGCGAUUCGCGGUUUCUCAAGACGGCUCUCCUCGCACUCGACGAAAAUAGAGCUUGUCGAAUGGCAUUGUGCACUCGCGCGAGAGCGAAACGGGAUCUCUGGCCGGAUGAAGAAUUGUACGGCGGAUCAGUUCACGUGUCACUCGGGGAACGGCGAGUGCGUGGCACUCGCGUGGAUGUGCGACGGCCAUCCAGACUGUUCGGACGGUUCGGACGAGGCUGAGUGCAACGACACUUGUCGAUCUGACGAGUUUACGUGCGCAAACAAGCGAUGUAUCCAGAGAACGUGGGUGUGCGACAGCGACGACGAUUGUGGAGACGGCAGCGACGAGGAAGAUUGCAAACCGGUCACCUGUGGUCCGUCAGAAUUCGCCUGUUCCAAGAAUUAUUGCAUAACGUCUCGAUGGAGAUGCGACGGUGAUUUCGAUUGUCCAGAUAAAAUCGACGAAGUUGGAUGUAAGUAUUCGAACGGCGAACGACCAAGCCAUUGCAACAAGGACGAAGACUUCGACUGUGACGACGAUUUCACGUGCAUACACAAAAGCUGGGUGUGCGACGGUGAAAGAGACUGUCCCAACGGGGCCGACGAGUUGCCAAAACGGUGUCACAACGUUACAUGCAGGCCGGAUCAAUUCCAAUGCGGAGAUCAUCGUAAUUGUAUAUCAGGCCACUUGUAUUGCAACGGUAAAGCAGAAUGCGUAGAUGGCAGCGACGAGAGAAAUUGCACGGGCAAAACCACCGUUUGUGAUCCGUCGACGCAAUUCGAAUGUAGCGAGGGCUCGUGUAUCCCUCUUUCCAGCGUGUGCAACAAAAACCGUGAUUGUAUCGGUUGGGAGGACGAGAACGAAGAACUUUGUGGCGUGAACGAGUGUUCCAAGAACAACGGUGGAUGUUCGCAAAUUUGCAUCGAUCUGCCGAUCGGUUUCCGGUGUGAUUGUAACGCAGGAUACAGGCUCAUUGACAAUAGGACUUGCGAUGAUAUAGACGAAUGCUUGGAACCAGGCAGCUGUUCCCAGUUCUGUUUGAACGAAAAGAGCAGUUUCAAGUGCAGCUGUGCCCCGGGUUACCUUAAAGAUCCCAGGAACCAUACUCGUUGCAAGGCGGCAGAAGGUCACGCCAGUCUGCUCUUUACUAGAAGGCACGAUAUAAGAAAAGUGGCACUGGAUCGUUUGGAGAUGACGCAUAUAGUGAAAGACACGAAAAUGGCCGCGGCCUUGGAUUUCGUUUUUCGCACCGGUAUGAUCUUCUGGAGCGACAGCAGCGAAAAGAAGAUCUAUAAAGCUCCGAUAGACGAAGGCAACGAGCGUACAGUUGUAAUUGACGAUGGUUUAACAACAUCGGAUGGACUUGCCGUUGAUUGGAUAUAUAGUCAUAUUUAUUGGACCGAUUCUAAGAAGAGUACCAUAGAACUGGCUAAUUUCGAGGGUAAUAUGAGGAAGACGUUGAUUCGAGAUCGAGUACAAGAACCUAGAGCGAUAGCUUUGAAUCCACUGGAGGGAUGGAUGUUUUGGACCGAUUGGAGCGACGAAGCCCGCAUAGAGAAAGCGGGCAUGGAUGGAUCUCAUCGAACGGUGAUAGUCGACAAUGACGUACAGUGGCCAAAUGGGUUGACUCUGGAUUUAAUUGGCAAGAAAAUAUACUGGGUAGAUGCAAAGUUAAAUAUAAUUGGAUCGUGUAAUUACGAUGGUUCAGGUGUACGAACGGUUCUCUAUUCUCCGGAAGUAUUGAGGCAUCCCUUCAGUAUUACGACGUUCGAAGACUACGUUUAUUGGACCGACUGGGAUAAGGAGGCGAUAUUUAAAGCAAAUAAAUUUACUGGUCAAUCGGUCGAAGCUGUUACAUCUCUUCGAACUCUGAAAUAUCCAAUGGUCGUUCACGUAUAUCAUCCGUACAGACAACCAGACGGAAUGAAUCAAUGUCAGGCUGUGAAUGGCCAUUGCAGUCAUUUGUGUUUACCAGCACCAAGAAUUAAUUCGAAAUCGCCUCUUCUUAGUUGCGCUUGUCCGGACGGCCUAAGAUUGUUACCUGACGGUUUGAUGUGCGUGGAAAAAGUAAGUACAACUGUAGCACCUACAACGCAAGAAAUUAGUAAACCAUUCAAGAGACUCGAACCUCUCAACGUCACCACGGCUGUCCAUCCAACGCAUUCAACAGAUGGAGAUGGCAAAGGUGGUCUAGCGUCUGAAUCCACAGACCCUGGUUUAGUCGCUGGGAUAGUGAUAGGCGUGGCGUCCUUAGGGCUGUUACUCCUCGCAUUAGUAGCAGUGUUAUGCUAUAGGCAUUACCUUCAUCGUAAUGUAACGAGUAUGAACUUUGAUAAUCCUGUGUAUAGGAAAACCACAGAAGAUCAAUUUAGUCUUGAAAAGAAUAGGUUUCCACUCCCCACUGCUACGGUUGGAGAAGAGGCUCAGGAACCUUUAACGAGUCCUGGAACUAAUGAUUACGUUUAAGAAUGAAUCUGUCAAUGAAACGGGCUUAGCAGGCUAUUGAAAUAUAAUGUCGACCAAGUAACACAAAAAUCAUGUAUAAAAAAAAAAAAAAAAAAGUGAAGCGCAUGUCGAGCGAGCCUGUCCAAUAAUAUGCCUGCAAUUGCCCACCUGCCUGCCAACUCAGCUGUGAUUAUGUUUAUUUUUUCUUUUUUGUACUGUCUCGUUUUCUUUACAAAUUUAUGCAUCUUGUCAUUCAACUACUACUACACGUAUGUGCAACAUUUAGAUUUGCUCCGAGGCAUAAAGGGAGAAAUACUUAGGUGAACUAUAAUUGUUGCCAAAUAAGCGGUAUAACCGUCAGUUUUCGGGUAGUUCGAUAAGAUACAAUAAAAAUCCUAUUUUAUAAUGGUUUCUCUUUCGUUUACACGCGGUAAUAUGUAACAUAGUGCUAUUUAUAAAUCUAUGUGGGGUCUUGAUGCAACUAUGUUUAAAUAUAUAAAAUAUAUACAUAUAUAUAUAUAUAUGUAUAUGUAUAUGUAUAUAUGUAGAGAGAGAGAGAGAGAGAGAGAGAGAGAAAGAGAGAGAGAGAGAGAGAGAGAAAGAGAAAGAGAAAGAGAGAAUAUUUUUAUCUACAUGUAAGAUCUUUAACUUGUUAUUGUUUCACUAUUUAUUCUUUAAGCAUAUAUUUUGUCGAGUAUAACUUUUAGUUAGAUAUAUGUAUACUGUUGCAUUGAUAGAAUCUCAUGUAUAUAACAUACGAAUAUGCGAAGUAUAUAGUAGGAAUAAUUUUACGAAUCAUUAGUAAUGGUAAUGAAUUGUCAGAAACUUUCUAUCAUCAUUUGUGAAUUUGUUAAAUUAUUUGUAAUAACGUUUUUUACAUAUAUUAUACAAUAUUUUAUAGUGCCAAAAGAAAGUGUUUCAGAAAUGAUCAUGUUUAAUGGUAUUUGUAGCAAUCAGAGACAUUUUCUUAAACAAUCGAAAUUUCUUCUUUGAUAUAUUAUAAAUUUAGGAAUAGCAAUAUACUUACAUUUUAAUCCCAGUAAUAGCUCAAACGAUGGCGUUUACGUAUAUAAAUGUAUAAAUCGUUCUUUUGUACAUGAAUACACAUUUCUCCUUUUAUGUCGUUUACACGAUAUAUACAAGCAGUGUUUCCAGCACGUUCAUAGAACUCUUUUUAACGACUGCCUGUGUUUGUAUAAGUAGACCAUAUCAUAGUAAAACACUUCUCGCCGAUAUAUUCUGUUAAUGUUAUGAUUGUAAUGAAAUAGAUUGAAAACCAAUUAGAUGUAAUAAGAUCAGCUCAAUGACACUAAGUGUGACUGCGUGUCUGUUAAAAGUAAAACUGUUGUUUAGGUAUUUCAACCUACUAAAAAAAAAAUCAGUGUAUAUGUAUAGAACUAUCGCCUCGGGUUUAAGAGUUUUACUUAUUAUAUAUACUUUAUGAUUAUUAUAUUAAAUAAUUAAAUGUGAGACAGAUAUUCUUCUAGGUAAGAUUAUUAAAGAGUAUAAUGAUAUUGUGGCGAACUAACAGCUGUGUGUAUUAAGAAGUAGCAACAUAUUUGUUACGUAUUAACAUUUUUUUUUAUUUUCAACUGAUAAAGUUAAGUGUAGUAUAUUACUGUAAUAAAAAUUUUUUAUCUAGUAAUGUUAAUAUAAUUUAAGAAAGAAACAUUGACAAAAGAAGCUUGACAAUUCUAUUCACAAAUUAUCUUUAUGUAGAUAUAUUUUCUUGCAAAUUGUGCGUUUUCAACAGAUUUUAUAUCGAUAAUUUAUUGUAUCGAACUAUCAAUAUACUUACUGUCAUACAAAUGCAGAAAAAUUUGCUACUUUUUAAUAAAGCACGUAUUCUUUCCUACAAUUGAAAGAAAGCAAAGUCCAAAAUUAAAAUAUAGAGGCUCGAUGGUGAUUUUAAUCAAAAGAUAGCAAGAGUGUGGUGAGUAUCAGUUGCAAUUAAUUGUGUGAGUCACAAGGCAUAAUUUAGCCAACCUAUUCGCCAAAAUCGUGUCAAACAUUAUUUCUAUGCAAUAUAUAUUAUCACUACACACGCAUAAUAUAAAUAUAUAUUAUAUAUAUAAUUUAUUAUAAUGAUUAUUGUAUAAAUAAAUAUAUAAAAUAAAUCACA